UCAGGAGUACUACAUCAAUUCUUCAAGUUCGACCAGUUUAAUAAUACUAAAAACAGUCGAGUUCUUAGGUUCCAAAAUCCAACAAUGGCUCCUCGAAAAAAACCCAAUUCUUCAUCAAAAACAUCAACUGAAAGCAAAGAGAACGCUGAUUUACCAUCAAAAAGCAUCGAUGAUAAGAUUAAAGUUAAAUCGAAAACAGAAAGUCUUCCAUACAAAAGAUCAUCACUUGUAUGGAUAUCAUUGCUCUGUGUAUUCAUAUAUAGUUCAUGGGCAGUUCAUCAUUAUCAAUUUGAUGUAUUACCUAGACCACUUAGUCUUAAACAAGCUGGUAAAAGAGGGUUUUCUGAAGAACUGGCAAUCAAACAUUUAAAGUCUUUAGCUGAUUUUGGUCCUCAUCCUGUUGGUUCUGAUGCUCUUGAUCUUGCUCUACAGUAUGUUUUGGCAGAAACAGAAAAGAUUAAGAAGUUGGCUCAUUGGGAGGUUGAAGUGCAAGUGGAUUUGUUCCACGUAGAAUCUGGUUCAAAUAAUGAUCUUAAAAAAGGAUUGUUCAUAGGGAGAACACUUGUGUAUGCAGAUUUGAAACAUGUAGUGGUGAGAAUCUUGCCUAAGUAUUCAUCUGAAGCAGAAGAAAACGCGAUUUUGGUUUCUUCGCAUAUCGACACUGUUUACUCAACGGGAGGAGCUGGGGACUGCAGUUCCUGUGUGGGUGUUAUGUUGGAGCUUGCUCGAGGAGUUUCUCAAUGGGGUGGAUUUAAGAAUGCUAUUAUAUUUCUGUUCAACACCGGGGAGGAAGAGGGCCUUAAUGGUGCUCAUAGCUUUAUAACUCAGCAUCCUUGGAGUAGUAGCAUUCGUUUGGCUGUUGACUUGGAGGCCAUGGGAAUUGGAGGGAAAUCCAGCAUAUUUCAGACUGGUCCUGAUCCAUGGGCUAUUGAAAGCUUUGCCAAGGUAGCCAAGUAUCCAGCUGCACAAAUCAUUGCACAGGAUCUCUUUAAUUCUGGGGUGAUUAAGUCUUCAACAGACUUCCAAAUCUACCAAGAAGUUGCUGGUCUCCCUGGGCUCGAUUUUGCAUUCACAGAUAAUGGUGCUGUAUACCAUACUAAGAAUGACAAAAUAGAGCUUCUCAGACCUGGUUCCCUUCAACACCUUGGGGAGAAUAUGCUUGCCUUUCUACUUGAGACUGCUGGGUCAUCUAAUAUUCCAAAAGAGAAGACUGUGAAAAUUGGGAAAGAUACAAGGGAAGAUCAGGCUGUAUUUUUUGACAUUCUGGGUUCGUACAUGGUUGUGUACCGUCAACGUCUAGCAACUAUGCUACAAAAUUCAGUGGUAUUGCAGUCAAUUCUAAUAUGGGCAACAUCUGUAUCUAUGGGUGGUUAUCCCGCUGCUGGAUCUCUGGGAUUAUCAUUAUUAAGUGUUCUUCUCAUGUGGGUAUUCUCACUGAGCUUUUCUCUUCUUGUCGCGUUUGUUCUACCUCUUAUCUGUUCAUCACCAGCACCCUACAUUGCCAACCCCUGGGUAGUUAUUGGUUUGUUUGCUGCACCAGCUGUUCUUGGGGCACUAACUGGUCAACAUAUCGGGUAUCUUUUGCUUGUUAAGUUUUUAAAGAAUGCUUCUACAAAGAGAGAGAAGAAUACAUCAUCUGUUGUUCAAGCUGAUAGAAUUAAUUUAGAAGCCGAGAGAUGGAUAUAUAAAUCUGGAUUCCUGCAGUGGCUUCUUAUUCUGAUGGCAGGAAACUUUUAUAAAAUUGGAUCUUCCUAUAUCGCGUUUCUUUGGUUAGUCUCUCCUGCUUUUGCAUUUGGCUUCCUUGAAGCAACAUUAACUAAAGCACGAUCCCCGAAGCCUUUAAAAAUUGCAACCUUGGUGCUGGGUUCGGCUCUGCCGGUUUUAAUUUCUUCUGGAACGUUUAUUCGGUUGACAGGGACAAUAACUGGGAUGAUAGUUCGACUGGAAAGGAACCCUGGCAACACACCUGAGUGGUUAGGAAAUGUAAUGGUUGCGGUCUUUGUUGCAACAGUUGUCUGCCUAACUCUAGUGUAUCUUCUUUCAUAUUUUCACCUUUCAGGUCCAAAAAGGUCGGUAGUAUUUGCAUCAUUUGCUCUAUUUGGCCUCACACUCGCUGGGGUUUUGUCUGGUACCAUUCCUCCAUUUUCUGAAGAUGUUGCUCGAACUGUUAAUGUAGUGCAUGUUGUGGAGUCAACGGGAACACAUGGAGAUACCCCCCCACAGAACUCGUAUAUUUCCAUGUUUUCUCAGACUCCUGGCAAGUUGGUCAAGGAACUUGAACAUCUAAAUGAUGAGGGAUUUGUUUGUGGAAAAGAUAAGGUGACUGAUUUUGUUGCUUUUACCGUCAACUAUGGUUGCUGGAGUUCCAAGGACACUGAAAGUGGUUGGAGUGAGUCAGAAAUCCCCACAAUAAAAGCUAAAAACGAUAGGGUGAAAGAUGAGACUGUAACAGAGGUUUCAAUCGAUACAAAAUUGUCUACACGAUGGAUUCUUGCAAUCAAUACCAAGGAAAUUGAUGACUUCAAAAUUGAAGCAAAUUCAAAAGAGUUGGUUCAGAUUGGCAACAGUGGAGGUGUUGAUGGCUGGCACAUCAUUCAGUUCUCAGGAGGGAAGAAUUCUCCUACGAAGUUUGAUUUUACUCUCUUUUGGUCCCAUAAUUCUACACGGUCAACUCAAACCAAAGGGGAUCGCAAAAGUCCUCUGUUGAAACUACGAACUGAUGUGGAUAGAUGGACACCUAAAGCUGAAAGAGUUCUUAUUAAGUUGCCUAAGUGGUGUUCCUUGUUCGGAAAAUCCACAUCCCCUCAGGGCUUAGCUUUCUUAACUAGUCUUCCACUUGAUUUCUAGUUGCUUAAAAUGUCAGUAAAUAUCGUUUUUGUGUUAUUUACGGCAUCUCUUUAAUUCUUACUGUCAGUAAUUAUCUGUAAUAUAAAGCACACGUAAUCAAUGAAUAAUCAACUUUGUUUGUUUUUUUUUAGC